UCUGUCUGCGUCAGACUUUACGCGCAUCACAGCAUGUCAUUUUCCACCAAGGAACUCGCGGUGAUUUUGCAUCUCUGCGCGCAGAGAGAUGCUGGGUUCGGAGGUUGUGCCUGAAUGAAGCUUUGCCUUACUAAAUGUGUGAAUUUGGAAUUUUUUUGAGAACAAAUACCUUUGCUGUCCUACUUUGAAUAAGGUUCAAGACAAAAAACCACCCCGCAUUUUUACGCCUCUCUCUGUGGAAUCUACCUUUUGAUCAUCUCUGACCCCUUCUGACAUCUAACCCCUGACCGUAGACCCCUCUCACCAUCCACCGCCACCAUGCCUAAAAACAGCAAGGUGACCCUGGGUCUCCCUCACAGUGAUCCAGUCACUGAGUCAGUGGCGGACCUCCUGACCCUGGCCGAGCCCCUGGACUAUAAGAGCAGCCGGAUGAGUAUGGGUCUCAGCCCCGGGGCCCAGCCGGCCAUGGGCAAGGGACUGCUACCUUCUCCAGGGGACGAGGAGGGGAGGCCAGCCUGGAACAGCAAGCUGCAGUACAUCCUGGCCCAGGUUGGGUUCUCUGUGGGGCUGGGCAAUGUCUGGAGGUUCCCCUACCUGUGUCAGAAGAACGGAGGAGGUGCGUACCUGGUCCCGUACUUCAUCCUCCUCAUCCUCAUCGGGAUCCCUCUGUUCUUCCUGGAACUGGCGGUGGGACAGAGGAUUAGGAGAGGCAGCAUCGGGGUGUGGAACUACGUUUACCCUCAGCUAGGAGGCAUCGGGGUCUCCAGUCUAAUGGUGUGUGGCUUCGUGGGCCUGUACUACAACGUGAUUAUCGGCUGGAGUAUCUUCUACUUCUUCCAGUCCUUCCAGUACCCGCUGCCCUGGGCAGAGUGCCCCAUCAGGGUGGUCAACGGCAGCCAAGCCAUCAUCGAGCCGGAGUGUGAAAAGUCUUCUGCCACCACCUACUUCUGGUACCGGCAGACCCUGAACAUCACCAGCACCAUCGAGGACAGCGGAGGCCUCAACUGGAGAAUGACCCUGUCCCUGUUCGCCGCCUGGCUCAUCGUCUGUCUGGCAGUGAUCAAGGGUAUCCAGUCAUCUGGGAAGGUGAUGUACUUCAGCUCUCUCUUCCCCUACGUGGUGUUGAUCUGUUUCCUCGUCAGAGGCCUGAUGCUCAAAGGAUCUGUUGACGGUAUCGCUCACAUGUUCACCCCAAAGUUGGAGAAGAUGCUGGAGCCCCAGGUAUGGAGGGAGGCAGCCACCCAGGUGUUCUUCGCUCUGGGCCUUGGGUUCGGAGGGGUCAUAGCCUUCUCCAGCUACAACAAGCGGGACAACAACUGUCACUUUGACGCAGCGCUGGUCUCCAUCAUCAACUUCAUCACCUCCAUCCUGGCUACGCUGGUGGUGUUUGCCGUGCUGGGGUUCAAGGCCAACAUCAUGAACGAGAAAUGUGUUGUGGAGAAUGCGGAGAAGAUCCUAGGUUACCUGAACACAGGUGUGUUGAGCCAUGAUCUGAUCCCUCCCCACGUCAACUUCUCUCACCUGUCAGCUGUGGACUAUCAGGAGAUGUAUGGAGUAAUCAAGACUGUCAAGGAGGACAGCUUCAGUCAGCUUGGACUGGACCCCUGUUUACUGGAGGACGAACUCAACAAGGCAGUGCAGGGAACAGGCCUGGCCUUCAUCGCCUUCACUGAGGCCAUGACCCACUUCCCUGCCUCUCCCUUCUGGUCUGUCAUGUUCUUCUUCAUGCUGAUUAACCUGGGGCUGGGGUCCAUGAUCGGCACCAUGACAGGGAUCACCACACCUGUACUGGACGCCUUCCCCAAGAUACGCAAGGAGUUCCUCUGUGUUGGUUGUUGCAUUGUGGCGUUCUUCUGUGGCCUGCUGUUCGUCCAGCGCUCAGGGAACUACUUUGUGACCAUGUUUGAUGACUACUCAGCUGGCCUGCCUCUCACUGUGGUGGUUAUACUGGAGAAUAUAUCUGUGGCCUGGAUCUACGGCACCAAGAGGUUCAUGCAGGAUCUAGAGGACAUGUUGGGUUUCAGACCCUACUCUUUCUAUUUCUAUAUGUGGAAGUACGUGUCUCCUGCCUGUCUCACCGUGCUCAUCAUUGCCACUGUGAUAGAGAUGGCCGUCAGUCCUGCUGGGUACAACGCCUGGGUGGAGGAACUGGCGUCGGAGAAGUUCCUCUCCUACCCUCCGUGGGCUCUGGGUGUGGCCUACUCCCUCAUCAUCGCCGCCAUGCUUCCUCUCCCCUGCGUCUUCAUCGCCCGCCACUUCAACCUGCUCUCUGACGGCUCCAACAAGCUGUCCGUCUCCUACCGUAAAGGUAUGACCAAGGACCUCUCUGGUCUAGAGGAGGAGAACGAGUCCCGCUUCAUCCUCAGUAAAGGCACCCCCAGCCCCAGCCCCUCGCCCAUGCCUUCUCACCGCCCCUACCUGGGGCCCGGCGGAGCCCAGGAGAUGACCAACACGGCUGGAUAUGGUACCGGGACACCGACCAAGACGGGUUAUCAGAAUAUUCAUUCGCCAGAGUCCGAACUAUGAUCGAUCUGACUGACUGAAGCACAAGAAACCCUUUCUAUCAAACCCAACACAACCCCUCAAGAGAGAGAGAAAGAAAGAGCCCCCUCUCUACUGUUCACCUAGCUGUAAAGCAAAGCCCCACCUCUCUCUGCUGUUCACCUAGCUGUAAAGCAAAGCCCCACCUCUCUCUGCUGUUCACCUAGCUGUAAAGCAAAGCCCCCCCUCUCUCUGCUGUUCACCUAGCUGUAAAGCAAAGCCCCCCCUCUCUCUGCUGUUCACCUAGCUGUAAAGCAAAGCCCCCCCUCUCUCUAAUGUUCACCUAGCUGUAAAGCAAAGCCCCACCUCUCUCUGCUGUUCACCUAGCUGUAAAGCAAAGCCCCCCUCUCUCUGCUGUUCACCUAGCUGUAAAAAGCCCCCCCUCUCUCUGCUGUUCACCUAGCUGUAAAGCAAAGCCCCACCUCUCUCUGCUGUUCACCUAGCUGUAAAAAGCCCCCCCUCUCUCUGCUGUUCGCCUAGCUGUUAAGCAAAGCCCCCCCUCUCUCUGCUGUUCGCCUAGCUGUAAAGCAAAGCCCCCCCCCCCUCUCUAAUGUUCACCUAGCUGUAAAGCAAAGCCCCACCUCUCUCUGCUGUUCAACUAGCUGUAAAGCAAAGCCCCCCCCCUCUCUAAUGUUCACCUAGCUGUAAAGCAAAGCCCCCCCCCCCUCUCUACUGUUCACCUAGCUAUAAAGCAAAGCCCCCCCCCUCUCUAAUGUUCACAUAUCUGUAAAGCACAGCCCCCUCUACUGUUCACAUAUCUGUAAAGCACAGCCCCCCUCUCUACUGUUCACAUAUCUGUAAAGCACAGCCCCCCCCUCUACUGUUCACAUAUCUGUAAAGCACAGCCCCCUCUCUACUGUUCACAUAUCUGUAAAGCACAGCCCCCUCUCUACUGUUCACAUAUCUGUAAAGCACAGCCCCCCCUCUACUGUUCACAUAUCUGUAAAGCAAAGCCCCCCCCCCUCCUCUCUACUGUUCACAUAUCUGUAAAGCACAGACCCCUCUCUACUGUUCACAUAUCUGUAAAGCACAGCCCCCUCUCUCCCCAUAACAUAGAACAUCUCUGAGCCUUAACACACAUUCAUUCAAUUCUAAAACAACCUUCCCCACAUCGCCCCUAAUCCAAACAAAACCAAGGCCCUAAGCAGAGCCACUACCAAUGUUGAUGGCAGUCCUCGUCCUACAUCACUCAGAGGCACAAACGAAGAAGGAGGGCCCCCAUUUGAAUUCAGCCUUAGAAGGCAGGCAGACAGGCAGACAGGCAGGGGGUGAUUCAUCUGAACGCAGAUAAGCCAAGCAGCUAGCGUUUGAUCAUCAGGCAGCGUGUGUGUGUGUGUGUGUGUGUGUGUGUGUGUGUGUGUGUGUGUGUGUGUGUGUGUGUGUGUGUGUGUGUGUGUGUGUGUGUGUGUGUGUGUGUGUGUGUGUGUGUGUGUGUGUGUUUGUCGUAGUGCUCCCCAGCCAGUCCAGGUGACCCCUAGUGUUAUAAAUAGAACUGUGAUACCCAGGUUGGCAACCAGCCCCGGCAACACAGUGCCAUGGUGAUGAAUCUUCUUGUGAUGUCAUGAAGGCAAACACACACACACACACACACACACACACACAAGAGGGCAUACACACACACACACACACAAGAGGGCACGUUGUUGCGCUUUGUCAACCAGCUGUUACCAAGCCGGGUUGUGUUCAUUAGGGAAAACAUUUUUAAAAGCACAGUGAAACCAGCUGUUAUCAAGCCGGGUUGUGUUCAUUUGGGAGGAAAACGUUUAGAAGCAGAGUGAAAACAACUGUUAAAAAAAACAAAUGAAACAGGGAGGUACAGCCUGAAUGUGUACUAAGGUACUACCUGAAAAUUUGAGCACAGAUUGUAGUUUUCCAUUGCAAAAUGUGUGACCUAUUGAACAGUACCCAGGUGUGCUGCAAGCCAUUAUAUAUGUUGAUUUCUGUUGACCGUUGUUCUGAAAUGGAUCAAUGGGAAAUGUAGGGUUAAUUGUGAUUGUACAUUCCUCUAAUCCUGAUCUUCGAUAAGCACUCUGAUCAAUCAAUGGCACUAAUAACAUAUUUAUUUAUAUGAAUUGUCAAGUAAAAAAAGAAAAAAGCCUUUUUAUUUAAAUGGUUGAGAUAUUUCUACAAUAGUGUGUAAUAAUAAUUAUGUGGAUAAUGUAGUCUAUAAUACUGUAGUGUACAAAACUAGUUUUUUGUUGUUGCAAUAGAAGACUUGAACCACAGGGUAGCGCUGUUGGUCACCAGAGGAGUACCUGAUAUUAUCUGUGUGUUUCCUGCCUCUUCAUGAAGACAGUGAUGACACACACAGAGCACACAGUGGCUCGUUCUAAAAAAUUCAUCCUCUCCUUCAUCGCACUGAUCUGCGAGAACUGACCAGGUUAAAUAUUUUCCAAACAGUGCAGAUGAAGGAGAGGGGCAAAUUAUGAGAGGGAGGAUUUUUAAGAGAUUGAGAAUGAGAUACAUCCAAGCUGUUACUGGCAGCCAGCCCAGAGAUGCUUUGAUUCUAAUGUUGAUGCAGCCUAUGGUCAACCUGUUGAUGGAUUAUAAUGUUGAUACAGCCUAUGGUCAACCUGUUGAUGGAUUAUAAUGUUGAUGCAGCCUAUGGUCAACCUGUUGACGGAUUAUAAUGUUGAUACAGCCUAUGGUCAACCUGUUGAUGGAUUAUAAUGUUGAUGCAGCCUAUGGUCAACCUGUUGAUGGAUUAUAAUGUUGAUACAGGCUAUGGUCAACCUGUUGAUGGAUUAUAAUGUUGAUACAGGCUAUGGUCAACCUGUUGAUGGAUUAUAAUGUUGAUCCGGGCUAUGGUCAACCUGUUGAUGGAUUAUAAUGUUGAUACAGCCUAUGGUCAACCUGUUGAUGGAUUAUAAUGUUGAUACAGCCUAUGAUCAACCUGUUGAUGGAUUAUAAUGUUGAUACAGCCUAUGGUCAACCUGUUGAUGGAUUAUAAUGUUGAUACAGCCUAUGGUCAACCUGUUUAUGGAUUAUAAUGUUGAUACAGGCUAUGGUCAACCUGUUGAUGGAUUAUAAUGUUGAUACAGGCUAUGGUCAACCUGUUGAUGGAUUAUAAUGUUGAUGCAGCCUAUGGUCAACCUGUUGAUGGAUUAUAAUGUUGAUACAGGCUAUGGUCAACCUGUUGAUGGAUUAUAAUGUUGAUGCAGCCUAUGGUCAACCUGUUGAUGGAUUAUAAUGUUGAUGCAGCCUAUGGUCAACCUGUUGAUGGAUUAUAAUGUUGAUACAGCCUAUGGUCAACCUGUGGAUGGAUUAUAAUGUUGAUACAGGCUAUGGUCAACCUGUUGAUGGAUUAUAAUGUUGAUGCAGCCUAUGGUCAACCAGUUGAUGGAUUAUAAUGUUGAUACAGGCUAUGGUCAACCUGUUGAGGGAUUAUAAUGUUGAUACAGGCUAGGGUCAACCUGUUGACAGAUUAUAAUGUUGAUACAGGCUAUGGUCAACCUGUUGAUGGAUUAUAAUGUUGAUACAGCCUAUGGUCAACCUGUUGACGGAUUAUAAUGUUGAUACAGGCUAUGGUCAACCUGUUGAUGGAUUAUAAUGUUGAUACAGGCUAUGGUCAACCUGUUGAUGGAUUAUAAUGUUGAUGCAGCCUAUGGUCACCCUGUUGAUGGAUUAUAAUGUUGAUACAGGCUAUGGUCAACCUGUUGAUGGAUUAUAAUGUUGAUGCAGCCUAUGGUCAACCUGUUGAUGGAUUAUAAUGUUGAUACAGCCUAUGGUCAACCUGUUGAUGGAUUAUAAUGUUGAUGCAGCCUAUGGUCAACCUGUUGAUGGAUUAUAAUGUUGAUACAGGCUAUGGUCAACCUGUUGAUGGAUUAUAAUGUUGAUACAGGCUAUGGUCAACCUGUUGAUGGAUUAUAAUGUUGAUACAGGCUAUGGUCAACCUGUUGAUGGAUUAUAAUGUUGAUACAGGCUAUGGUCAACCUGUUGAUGGAUUAUAAUGUUGAUACAGGCUAUGGUCAACCUGUUGAUGGAUUAUAAUGUUGAUACAGGCUAUGGUCAACCUGUUGAUGGUACCUGAACAGCAUAUCUGUGUCUGUCUGCUAAGCCUUUUUUAAGUCGUCUUUAUGGAGACAUUCUAUAGUGUUGUUAUGUAGUUUAUAGUCCCAGCCACGUCAGCAUUUUAUAGCAGGUAGAGACCCUGGAGUUGAACAUCAAUGACUUUAUAGCAGGUAGAGACCCUGGAGUUGAACAUCAGAGACUUUAUAGCAGGUAGAGACCCUGGAGUUGAACAUCAAUGGCUUUAUAGCAGGUAGAGACCCUGGAGUUGAACAUCAGAGACUGUAUAGCAGGUAGAGACCCUGGAGUUGAACAUUAGUGACUUUAUAGCAGGUAGAGAUCCUGGAGUUGAACAUCAAUGGCUUUAUAGCAGGUAGAGACCCUGGAGUUGAACAUCAAUGACUGUAUAGCAGGUAGAGACCCUGGAGUUGAACAUCAGUGACUUUAUAGCAGGUAGAGACCCUGGAGUUGAACAUCAGUGACUUUAUAGCAGGUAGAGACCCUGGAGUUGAACAUCAGAGACUUUAUAGCAGGUAGAGACCCUGGAGUUGAACAUUAGUGACUUUAUAGCAGGUAGAGACCCUGGAGUUGAACAUCAGAGACUUUAUAGCAGGUAGAGACCCUGGAGUUGAACAUCAGAGACUUUAUAGCAGGUAGAGACCCUGGCGUUGAACAUCAAUGACUUUAUAGCAGGUAGAGACCCUGGAGUUGAACAUCAGUGACUUUAUAGCAGGUAGAGACCCUGGAGUUGAACAUCAGUGACUUUAUAGCAGGUAGAGACCCUGGAGUUGAACAUCAGAGACUUUAUAGCAGGUAGAGACCCUGGAGUUGAACAUCAGUGACUUUAUAGCAGGUAGAGACCCUGGAGUUGAACAUCAGAGACUUUAUAGCAGGUAGAGACCCUGGAGUUGAACAUCAAUGGCUUUAUAGCAGGUAGAGACCCUGGAGUUGAACAUCAGAGACUUUAUAGCAGGUAGAGACCCUGGAGUUGAACAUCAGAGACUUUAUAGCAGGUAGAGACCCUGGAGUUGAACAUCAGAGACUUUAUAGCAGGUAGAGACCCUGGAGUUGAACAUCAGAGACUGAUUGAACAGAAAACCACUGACAGAGCAUGUCUCGUCUGUCUGCAGCAGUAGUCACAACAGGGCUGUCAUUAAAUUUGUUUUUGAUUUAUUUUAUACUAUUAGAAGUGAUAGACCUGUAAUGAUGGCCGCACAAUACAGAAUACACAGCACACAAAUAGCACAGGAGCUAAAGUGCAGGCACAAACAGAGAAGCCCUCUAGAUUGUGGAUCACAGCCACAUGUUGCUCGGGACUGCUUGUGGAUCACAGUCACAGGAUGCUAGGGACCGCUUGUAGAUCACAGCCACAGGUAAAUUAUGGAUUACCAAUUAGAGAGCUAGAAUCACUUGAACUAUUAUUGAUGGAGGGAGAGGGAGAGGUGGAGGGGGAGAGG